ACGCGAAGCACAAUUGCAGCACGCCGACCUCCCCCGUAUCCCCGCUUCUCCGCCGCCUUCCCGUCCUGCGCAACAACACGCGCAGCACAAUUGCAGCACGGCCGUCACGCCGACCUCGCCCAUAUCCAUCCCUGCUUCCCCGCCGCCCUCCCAUCCUGCACAUCCAUCCCGCCGCCCUGCCGCUUUCUUUCACCGAUUAAUUUAUUCUCUUUAAACCCCAUAGGCCUCCAGCAAAGGUCCCAAUCUCGUGCUGAGGAUGGAGAACUGUAACAACGGACAGGCGGCCGCCGUAUCCAUGGACGAUUUCAAGGUGGUGGUGCCGGUGCAUCCGCUGAUCAGCCACUGGGUCUCAGUACUCCGCGAUCGCUCCACCCCUUCCCACGCCUUCAGGAGUGCAAUGGGGGAGCUAGGGAGAUUGCUAAUCUAUGAGGCAACACGAGAUUGGUUGCCGACAGUAACACGGCAGAUCCAGUCACCUGUGGGCACUGAGGUUGUUGAAUCUGUCAGUGAGAUGGAGCCAAUAAUGAUUGUACCUAUUCUUAGAGCAGGGCUUGCACUUGCAGAUCUCGCAACAUCAAUUUUGCCUUCAACUAGAACUUUCCAUUUAGGUAUGGCCCGGGAUGAGACAACACUGAUGGCCUCUGUUUACUUAAAUAAGCUACCUGAUAGAUUCCCGAAAGGAUGUAAAAUCCUCAUUGUGGAUCCUAUGCUAGCAACUGGUGGAACAGUCACUGCAGCAGUUGAUCUGGUUAUGGAACGUGGAGCUGAAAUCAGUCAGAUAAAAAUUUCAUUGGUAUGCAGAUAUCAGCUGUUGCUGCCCCUCCUGCCCUCAAGAAGCUCAAUCAAAGAUUCCCAAGGAUUUGUGUGUAUACAGGAGCCAUGGAUCAAAUUGUAAACGAGAAAGGUUUCAUAAUCCCAGGCCUUGGGGAUGCUGGAGAUCGCAGCUAUGGAACAUGACUCCGGCCCUUCGGUGAUGGCCAUCGUUAGGAAUUUCAGCAAAACCCAGAUUUAGUUGAUGCCUGCUUAUUUUCGUAGAUGAGAUUUGUGGUUCCACUGAACACAAAUCUGUAGUUUUGAGGGUCUGGACAUAAUAUUUUGACAAUGUGAUGUCAAAUUUCGCCCUUCUAUUGUGGCGAUGUCCUGAUAAUGGUUAUGAGCUUCAUGGAGUGUUUAUUUUGAGAAGUGGGAUAGCCUGCAAUCACCGUAGCUCUAAACAUAA